UUCGUGCAUUUCACCCUGAUACUGGACAUGGGUGGAGCAAUUUGCAUAAAUUGAAAUGUUCUGUAGGUCUACGAGACAAUAGGCUCUUGUACAUCGAGUUCGACACAAAGAGGAGGUCAAAGAGCAAAUGGCGACAUCACAAGAGACAGAUUCGUCAUGGGAAGAAACAGGCAUGCAACAGGUGACGACCAAGCUGUCAACAGUAGUGGACGAACUUCGUGAAUUGGACUUAAAGUUUAAAGAGGGUUCCGACCUAGAAGCCGUAGAGAGGGGAUUCGCACACAAGCUUAUACAUGCCAUUAGUAGUAAAAAUGAGUUAUUGGAAUGUGAGGCGCUGAAAAGCCUAGGAGAUUUGUACUUACAGAAGACGAAAAUUAAGUACCAUAAGGUAGAGAACUUUAGCAAUGCGUGCGCGCUGUACAGGGAAGUCUUGCGACAUCACACACUCGAUGAGCAGAAGGGAGUCAUUGAACAUCGUAUCAAAUAUGCAGAGAAAAGUACGAAGGUUGUACACGAUCCAAAGCGUGCAGAAUCAGAAAAUGUUAGUUCAAGUAAUAUGACAUUGGCUGUGUCGAGGACAAGAAGUAACGGAGAAGACCAAGAUGAAAGGACAAUAUAUGGGGCCUUUAAUUUGGGCUUAUACAAAUUUCUUCGUAAAAGCAGUCAUGAACAGAAAUACGUGUCUAGGGAUAGAAUGUCUGAAGGGCCUUGGAGACCUGUACGUCGAGCUAGAGAAGGGACGGGUGGGCAAGCACGAGACAGCAUUUACGAAAGCAGCUAACCUGUACCGAGCGGCGCUGGACCGCUGUGAAGAUUCGAGUGGCAGAGAAACACUGGAACAUCGAAUAAAGUACACAGAGAAAAUCAAGACAAUAGCAAUGAAGAAGAGACAAGACCCAGCACAAACCGGCAACAGGAAAGCUUGUAAGGAGAACGUGUUCACACCUCCUCUCAUCUCACCUCAGCCACUCCACCCAAGGACGGCCAAGUUAUUUCAAGACUUAGAUACAAAAGUUACCAACCUAAGACUCGGGCACAGCGACAGCACAGAGGAAGACACUGACAGAACAUACAAGAAAAACUUGCAAGAGGGCUGCAGGGCUCUACGGACAGGGGACCUGGACAAGGCAGAAGAAAACUUUGCAGCAGCGCUCAAGGCCGUCAGUAGUUAUCAAUUUCCAGAACUUACUACUUCCGCUCAUGCCGAGGGUGAACACAUCAAAGAGGCAGAACCCCUAUACAAGUUGAGUGAAGUCUACCUAAAAAGGGGAAUACUGUCAAAAGACGGAAGUGAUUUCACCAAGGCUGCAGCACUCUGUAAUGCAGCACUGUCUACAGGGCAGCUGGUUCUAUGA